AUGAUCGAGCUGCUCGUUCAAAUCAUCCAGAAUAUCCGCAAAAUGGGCUGGAACGUCAGCCAAGCCAAUGGCGGGAUUUUAUUGGUCUCUCAAUUCACCUUAAUGGCACAAACGCAAAAAGGCUUGCGUCCAGACUUUGGGCUAGCCAUGCCGCCCGCUGAAGCCCAGGCACUGUAUCAACAAUUGGUUGAUUAUGCUCGAUCACAAUUUAAAAAUGUUGAGACGGGUAUUUUCGCAGCGGAUAUGAAAGUGCAUUUGGUCAAUGAUGGGCCUGUGACCUUUAACUUGGAAGUUGAAUAA